AUUAUCACUGUCGAAUGUUGUUUGAGAUUUCUGAAUAAUUAUGUUCGUGAUUGAUAACUCCGUACAAAUAAAGCAACUGAUGUGUAUUAAUUAUAAAAGGAAAUCAAAUAGAAUGUAAUAAUUUUUAACGUUGUAGAAGUCUACACUUUUUUCAAAGCGUUUCUAGAGGUUGCCUUGUAACAAAUUGUAACUUUCAGCUGAUUGUUGUUUACGCAAAAUUUUAGAAAUGUAUUCUUUUGAGGGCGACUUUAGAAGGAAACCUCAGCAAAAUCUAGCAGGUGCUAGUGCUCAGCGUAAGACUGAUAGGGAUAGUCUUAUACACCAGUCGCAAUUACAACGACAAAAACGAGAGGAACAUAGAAGAAGACUUAUUAGUACUAUAAAAAUCCAAGCCUAUGUUCGAAGUUAUCUCACUAGGAAGCACUGUAAACAAAAUGAAAGGCAUACUUUUGAUAACCUAUUCUCUCAAAUAGUUAAUGAUGAUCUUGCAAUUUUAUCCAGCCUUGUUGCCAAAAUACUGUUUUUUUAUGACCACAAAACAGACUGCAACAGAUUGGUUUCAAUAUCACAAAUUUUACUGAAGCAGUGGCAGAAGGUAUUUCAAAGUAGUGGAUCAUCAAUACAAAUAAGACGUUUGUUAGUAUUACACUUACGGCUAUUGCAAGAUGAUUCUGAGGUCCCUUUAGCUGUACCAUUACGGAUGUUUGAAGUCUUCACUUCAGCUAAUUCAGUAAUGAAUGUGAUGAAUCGUGAUGAUGCUAUCAAUACUGUUGGGCGAACAUUUCUUUAUCUUGUCAAAAGAGGCUAUUUUAAAGAUAUAUGUCAGCUAAUAUGUAGGCGAACACCUCCACUCUAUGGGCCGUCGCCGAACCCGCCAACUCCACUAUGUGGAGCCCUGUUUGAUCUAAUACAAAGACCUUUAAGCAUCACAAGCAGAGUAAAUAUAGCUGAGUAUGAUGACACCAUUAUGACCGAAUUUGCGUCGGCAUUUCUAUGUAAGCCAUAUCCUGAACCAAUAGAAAUGUUUAUCAUACCAGCUCUUACUGGUGAUCCAAAUAGACCCUUUCCUUUCAUCUCGUUGAUACAAUGCCUGCAAGAUAAUUCUAAGUAUAAUGAUGGGAGACUCUUGAAUGACUCCUGGUUAUUGCAUUCUGUUUUAAUGUUGGAACCCGUUGGAUUUGUUAAUGAUGUCCGAAAAUUAGACCACAAAAGACUGCCGCUUAAUAGAAUCGUACUCAAUUACCUUAAGAUCUUAGCUAAACUAACAGUGAAUGCAUGCAAUAAACAAAUAACGUAUGAGUAUGAAGACUCAUUAUACAGUCAAGAAACAGCUGCCGACAACGAGGAUGAUGAUAGUGAUAGCGAAAGUGAACCUAAUCCCACUUCAGUUAGAGAACAAAAUCUAUUGACCAAAUGCGUUGAGACUCUGAAUGAACCUGAGCGUUGUGUGAUGAAAACAUGCGCUCAGAUUGUGGAAAGUGACUUGAGUGAUGAAUUUUUGGACUACAUGUCUCAGAUAUGUCAUAAUUUACUAUUGAGCCAUCGGAUGGCUUUACAUAAGUAUAGGUUACUCUAUACGCUAGCAUUCAAACCGUUAUUCCUUCGUGGUUUAUGGCAAUGGCUAACGAGUAUGACACACGAAUCAUCGUUCGGUGGAUCGAAUACGCCAUUAAUUUCAGCACUAUCCCGUGGUAUGGGUGCAGACACCUCCGUCAUUGGAGUUCAUAGACUGUUGGCACCGCUGGCUGUGUUUUGUGCAUUAUUUACUUUGCUGAUCGGUACUCUGCAUGACACCGAGUUCUUUAGGGAUACGGACGGUGACGAUAAGAUAUGCCUUCCAAACACGUCAAACAGUUCUGUCUCUGGCCGUGUCCAUGCGUUCGAUUUUUCUGAACUCAGUGGCUUGUGCCGUACAUUAAAGCAAGUUUGUCUAGGAUUAGUGGAAUUAGUGUAUCCAGAAACCAGACCGUUUAUAGUGGUGCAGUAUAAGGAUGCUGUGGGAGGCACCCAGACAGACGUGUCUGGGAAGAAUUUGACCCCAGCUUGGACUCAUUUGUUCAAGGUGUGCACGCAACUGCUGCGCGCACUGUACGCACGGGACAGCCGGCUGCAGUUCACGGGCGGCGUGUCGUGGGCGUCGCCCGGCGCCGCGGGGGUGCCGCCCGCGCCCGCUGACGGCACCGCCGCCUCACUUGCCGUCCGGGGGCGGCACCGCAGGACCUAUAGGGCGCAUCUUGCUCAUCUGGCGCCUACUGAUCAGGAAGAGGGGCCCCCAUUAACAAUCAAAGAAUUGAGAACAGUGACUAUACUGAGAGAGAUACCAUUUGUUGUGCCAUUUGCAACGCGUGUUCUGAUAUUCCAAGGCCUGUUAUUGAGGGAAAAGCAUGACCAUUGGUAUGAAAUGACCAAUUUCAAUGAAGGUCCAUCAAUCAAUAUCAGCGUUCGGCGAACGCAUCUAUAUGAAGAUGCUUUCGAUAAACUCAGACCUGAGAAUGAACCAAAUUUAAAGCUAAAACUCCGAGUACAGUUGAUAAACCAAGCCGGUGCUGAGGAACCUGGAGUAGAUGGUGGUGGUCUUUUUAGAGAAUUCCUGUCUGAACUAUUAAAAUCAGCCUUCGAUCCCAAUAGAGGAUUGUUCCGUUUGACAAAAGACAAUAUGUUGUAUCCAAACCCUGGUGUUCACUUACUGUAUGAUGAUUUUCCGAUGCACUACUAUUUUAUUGGAAGAAUGUUAGGGAAGGCGUUAUACGAGAACCUACUAGUGGAGCUCCCUCUAGCGGAGUUUUUCCUUGCCAAACUGUGUUCGUCCCGCGAGCCGGACGUGCACGCGCUCGCGUCUCUCGACCCCGGGCUGUAUAGAGGCUUGUUACUGCUCAAGUCCCACAGGUGGGAGGACGUCCCAGACCUGGGCCUGGACUUCACGAUUGUUAGCGACGAGCUGGGGGAGCAGAGGAUAGAGGAACUCAAACCCGGCGGCGCCAACAUUCCCGUGACGGCUGAGAAUCGAAUAGAAUACAUUCAUCUCGUCGCUGAUUUUAAACUAAAUAGGCAGAUCCGAGCGCAGUGCGCGGCGCUGAAGCGCGGGCUGACGUCGGUGGUGAGCUCGGAGUGGCUGCGCAUGUUCUCGUGCCGCGAGCUGCAGCUGCUCGUGUCGGGCGCCGAGGUGCCCAUCGACCUGGACGACCUGCGCGCGCACACGCAGUACGGCGGUGGAUUCUCAGAGACCCAUCCAGUGGUGGUACAGUUCUGGAAGGUGGUGGCUCGCUUCACGGACGACCAGCGGCGACAGUUACUCAAGUUCGUUACCAGCUGUUCGAGGCCACCGCUCUUGGGUUUUAAGGAUUUGCAGCCCCCCUUCUGCAUCCAAUCAGCGGGAUCCUCGGACCGGUUGCCCUCAUCUUCCACCUGCAUGAACCUGCUGAAGAUCCCCGAGGUCCAGGAUGAGGAGGUGCUCGCUGAGAAGCUGCUGUACGCGAUACAAGCGGGCGCUGGAUUCGAACUUAGCUAGGGAUCGGCGAUCGCGAUGAAUAAAAUAUAUUGUUUUACAAGCCGGUUGAUAAAUUAGUGUUCAUAUAGAUAUAAAUAGAAUAUUUUUACAAAACGUUAAUCUCAAUGUGAUAUGGGCCGAUGGUGUAAAUAUAUUAUUGGAACAAAUUUAUUUGCUUUAUUUUAUUUAUGAACAACGUAUGAAAAUUCUUGAUAUGUUUAUUGUAGAUGCAUAAUUUUUAAAGAGAAAAUGUGCAGCGGUUUUUAAUUUUGAAUUAGGAAGGAACGAAAAAGAUUUCAAUCAUCUGGUGUCAAAUUGUUAAUUUAUACUUGGAUUCGUGUAAAUAUAAUAAAUUGUUUAAG